CGCGCCUGCGCCGGCCGCGAGCGCGGCCGCUUCCUGCGCGGUGCCUGGAGCUGCGCGGUGCCGGCAUGGCGGGAGGGUUCCUCAUGGAGAUCAGGCGGGGGACGCAGAGCGCGUUGCUGGUUAUCCGCGCGUCGGCGGAGGAUCCGGGCACGCCGGUGGAGGUGUCGGUGUCAGCGGAUUCCCUGGAAGUGCGGAGCAGCGGGAGCUGCGCCCCGGCAGCGCUGCCGGCAGGGGUCAGGCUGGCGCCGUCCUCGUGCCGCGGGCUCCGCCGCCUCCCCGGGGACGGACUGCACCUGCGCGUGCGCCUGCGCCGCCCUCCGCCCCCUGCCGAUCUGGCUUUUACUUUGAGGGAAAGCCUGAAACCCCACAAGAAAUACGUCUUUUACUGUCAGUCCUGUGGUGACAUCAUAGUAAAAGACCGGAAAUUUCUUAGAGUUCUUCCUCUACCGAGUGAAAACUGGAAUGAUUUAGUUGAAGAGUGGUGUUGUCACCCUAACCCCUUUGCCAGAAGCACUUUGCGCCCUCAGCAUGAUGACUGUUUUCUUGGAGACACUUUUUUUAUGUUGAAUUCAGGAAAUGAAUCACAUGUGCCUGAAUCUCUCACGUGCUGCUCAGAGACUGGACACCAUGCUUCGCAGAGUGGCUUCAACUUGAAAUCAAAGGAAAAUACCAGAGUAAUUUGUAAGCGCUGCAAGAAAAUGCUGGGAGAAACAAUAUCGUCAGAUACCAUUAAAUAUUAUGUCACCGAGGUGAUUAUUCAACCAUCUGAGGGAAGUUUCAGCCCAAUACCAAGGUCUCAAUUUGUGCAGAGCAUGGUUGCUCAGUGUCUUUUGGAAUUAUCCUCUGCUAAAAGCACAUUUAGAUUCACUGUAAAAGGGGAUAAUGGAAAAACCUAUAUUCUGAUAUGGCUUUUAAAUUCUGACACAUUGCUGGUGGAGUCUUUAGGAAGUUCCUCCUCUCUCAGUGUUCUUACACUGUUUGGAGAUAUUUUCAUGCCUAGCUCUGGACCAGUGGGGACCUGGAAUGCUGUCAAAGUCCUUUACCAGCCAUGCAUUAAAUGCAGAAAUAAGGACUUUGCUGAUGCAUGGGAAAAUGAUAUGGGAGUUCAUCCUUUAAAGUUUCCAUCAGAAACAUGUUUGGAAUUACUGCUAAUGCUGGGUUUGAGCACCGCAUCUCUUCCACCUUCGCUUCGAUGCAUGAACUCUUUUCAGGUUGCCUUUUUGAAGAUGUGAAGAAUGCAUAUACAGUUGAAAACUAUUGUCAAAUUUAUUUUCAGCAGAAAUAUGUACAGACAACUUCCAAUGGUGUGACUUCUAGAAAAAAUCCACUGGCAAAUCCAAAAGAACAUGGGUGUGUGGUGUGUAUUCUUCAUAUCUGAAUGUGUUUCAAAACCAAAGACAGAGUUCACUUUUGCAUCCAGUACAUUCUUAGAUGUCAUUCUAAGAGUGAGUGACCUGUGACUCCUCUGACAUCCAGCUGGGAUGACUAUUAUGAUGUCUUCAUUGCCAAAACACCUUUAUCAGUGUUUGGUAGCAAUGUAUAUGUCCUUAGGAAAGUUCACAACUGUAGCAAAUAUUUUAAAAUAUUUAAUGUCAUGGAUACUAAUGUAAGUUCUUUACUUUCUCUGUUUUGGUGAAUUUAGAGGUCCAACUUUAAAACAUAAAAUCUAGUUUUUGUAAAACUUAUAUGUUUCUCAUCUAUAUUGUUUCCACAUUAAGGUUUACCUUUCUGCUUGUGAGGGAAGGCAGUUUCUGUAUUCCUACACCAUAUAUAAGGUUUUUUAAACUGACAAUGUUUUGGUUACUGGGAAUAAUUAUUCCUUCAACUUCAAAAAAGUGUGUGAUGAGUGACUCUGCAGAAACUGCUGGAGGUGAAAGAUACUUGUAGAAAGUCAAUACAGCUGCUCUAAACUGUUGUUCUCUGUUGUGGAUGCUCAGCUGCCUUCCAUGGGAGUGAUAGCAUAUUUACAUGGGACACAGAAGCUGUUACCAUUUUGGUUUUGGAGUGGAUUAUUUGCUUAGUUGCCAGCAAGUUUUGUCUUCCUUUGUGCAAGGAAACAGGAUGGCCCAAGUUCGUAGGCCAAAGAUCAGAAAAGAAGUCUCCUGCAAUUUUUGCCUCAAUUCCUGCUUGUUGGGAUGGACUGCUCUUGAGUUAGAAGGAGGUGAUCCUUUAAUAUCUUAUCCCAGAUAUCCCAGACCAUUCCAGUGUCUUAUUCCAUACCUGCCUCGCUUAUCUGUAGAUUUCCUUAAACAACUGCUCUUGGCAAAACAGUCAGGUACUGGAAUGGUUCAUCUGACCUAGUGUGACAAUUCUUGUGUUCUCAAAAUACAUACCAAAAGGUAUCCAAAUGGGGAAAAAAAAAAAAGAAAAGGAGAAGGAGAGAGCCUGUUUAUGUAGGCUGGCCUGUUAAAACUCCAUCUUUUAACUCUUACAAUAAAAAGAUGCUACCUUUUUGGAAAACAGCAAUAUUUUGGGAAAAUGAAUUCUAGAGGGAAUAUUCUUGUUAGAUGAGUUUAAAAAUUUCUGAAUUUCAAGGAAAGUUUACACUCUCUUUACUUAUUAAAUGAUCCUAAUGUAAGAAGGACCCUACAAAGUGUGGAACACCUGGGUUUUACACAUCCAAAGACAGGUAGCUGAGGCCUCCCAGCACCCAGUCUGGAUAUUAUUUUUCUGUUAAUAUUUUAGUUUUCAGUAUUAAAGAACGAACAAAAUUAUUCUGAAUGUUGUAUUCAGUGACUAAGUUAUCUAGCUCCAAGAUAUUUUGUCCAUGCACCAAUGUUUAGUCGUUUUAUGAAUAAAAUAUUUUUUCU